AAUGCUGCUACUUCCUUUCACAACACCAUGAAUAAUACCAUGCCUAGUUCUAGUGAUCAAUGGCUGCCAUUCUAUGACCAAGCCAUUGAUGGGGCGCAGCAGCCGGUGCUUUCUCAUGGACCCACUGACACCAUCUCAAGCCCAAGCAACUCACCCGGCGCAGCCAAUAAUGGUCAGCUGACUCCAAAAGGCAGUGUGUCAAAACCAGCCAGAAAGAGGUCCAGGGCUUCCAAGAGAACACCCACCACCCUCCUCAACGCCAACGCCAACAAUUUUCGAGCCCUGGUGCAACAAUUCACGGGCUGUCCUAGCGCGGCCAUUUCCUUUGGGAACCAGAAAGGGCCAGUCAACUUAGACUUUGGAAGAGGGAGAGAAGAAAACCAGCGGAUUAUAUCUUCAUUAAUGACAGCACCUUUUACUAACAAUCAACAUUACCAUCAACAAUCUCAGUCUCAGCAGUACUAUCAACACCUUCAUCAUCAACAGGAGCAGCAAGGUAUGUAUUCAUGUGGCGAUGUUUUUGUUUCUCCAUCUAGCAACGUUGAGAUUGGUGACGGGUUUGGAAUGGACGAUCAUGUUUCUUUGCAUCAUCAAAUAGCGAUGGAUUCUUUCUCUGGUGAUGCGAAUAACACUGGCCAUGGUGGGUUCUUUUAGGAAAUUAUAUAUAGUGGACAAAAUUAGUUUCUUGACUAGCUUUUAGAAUAAUUAAUGUUCAUAGAUCAUCGAUCAAUCAGCUUUGUAGAUUGUCGUUCGAUCUACUUAAGUACUUCAUAGGCGUAUGUAUGUAUGCUGUCAUGAGAAUAGCAUGUACUCUCAUAUAUGGUUCCAUGUCUCAAACAUAUUGGAAGUAUGGAUGCAUGGUACCAUCUCAUGUGUUCUUUUUUGUUUCAUUUGUUGUUGUUUUGUGUUUGAAUUCUUAUAUAUAUAUUUGGCCAUGGACAGCCCUUUUUCUUA